UGCUCUUCAUCAGCAGCCCAUAUCCAAGUCCCUCCCCCAUCACACCCAUCUUCAAUUCCUGCGAGCAUGGCUUCCAACACAUUGAUGAGCUAUGGCAUCGCCACCACAGCCUUCCCAUCAGUCCUCUCCUCUUCGAAGUCCAAGUUCUCCGCCUCUCUCCCCCUUCCUAGCGUCGGUGCCAACGCCUCGUCCCGGUUCACCAUGACGGCCGACUGGAUGCCAGGCCAGCCCCGGCCUCCGUACCUCGACGGCUCAGCACCCGGUGACUUUGGUUUUGACCCACUUCGGCUUGGUGAAGUCCCAGAGAACCUUGAAAGAUUUAAGGAAUCUGAACUCAUUCACUGCAGAUGGGCUAUGCUUGCCGUUCCAGGAAUUUUAGUGCCGGAGGCCUUGGGGUUGGGGAAUUGGGUGAAGGCUCAAGAGUGGGCAGCCGUUCCAGGAGGUCAAGCCACCUACUUGGGCAACCCAGUGCCAUGGGGCUACCUCCCUACCAUUUUGGUCAUUGAAUUCCUUGCCAUCGCCUUUGUAGAGCACCAACGCAGCAUGGAGAAAGAUCCCGAGAAGAAGAAGUACCCUGGUGGUGCUUUUGACCCCUUGGGCUACUCCAAGGACCCCGUAAAGUUCAAGGAGUACAAGGUCAAAGAGAUAAAAAAUGGCCGGCUUGCAUUGUUGGCUUUUGUGGGUUUCUGCGUUCAACAAACAGCUUAUCCUGGCACAGGACCAUUGGAGAACUUGGCUACUCACUUGGCUGACCCAUGGCACAACAACAUUGGGGAUGUCAUUAUCCCUCCAUCAUUUUAUCCAUGAAUCAAGGAAUUUUGAUCAUACUUCCUCUGUAAAAUUAGAUAAGUUCAUCUUGGAUCCUUCGGUUGCCGAGGCGAUCGGUGCUAAAUUGGGUGCAGAACUUGGCCGCGCUUUGGGCCUCUACUCUAUCUUCCUGGAGGGUGACGCGAGUGAGGUGGUUUCGGCUCUCAAUCGGGAGGAGGAAGAGUUUAGUAAAAUGGGAAGUAUUAUUGUAGAAACUAGGAAGAUUCUUAUGGAGUUCCCUGUGUGGAAAGUGGGUGCAGUUAGGAGAUGCUGUAAUAAUGCAACUCACCAACUUGCUAAGUUUGCUGUCAGUCAGAAUUUAAACCAUAUUUGGAUGGACUUGUAUCCGUCUUGUAUUUC